CAAUGAUAAAUCAGACGAGAGACCAAACCGAAUACUGCUUGGGAUUGCAUUCUCAAAUCUCAAAAAGGGGGAACCACGAUGAAGACGAAACGUUUGAGAAGAUGCGGAAGGACAUCGAGGCAAACCAGGAGAGUGCCUUGAGCCUCUGCACCGAGAAGGUCCUGCUAGCUCAGCAAGCGUAUGACCUCAUAGAUAGCCAUGUGAAACGACUUGAUGAAGAUCUCAACAACUUUGCUGAAGAUCUAAAGCAAGAGGGUAAAAUAGCUCAUGAUGAACCGGCUAUCCUUCCUCCUUUAUCUAUAAUACCAAAAGAUGAGAAACGGAAAUCAUUCUUUGGGACUCCGAAAUCAAAUAGGCUUGAUUUUAGGGACCGUGAUUGGGACCGGGAGCGUGAUAAGGAUUUUGAGCUGAUGCCUCCUCCACGCAGUCACAAGAAAAAUGUUCCCGCUCCAGUUGAUGUUGAUCAACCCAUUGAUCCAAAUGAACCGACCUACUGCGUCUGUCAUCAGGUUUCUUUUGGAGACAUGAUUGCUUGUGACAAUGAGAAUUGUCAAGGAGGUGAAUGGUUCCAUUACUCUUGUGUUGGGCUCACACCAGAGACAAGAUUCCAAGGGAAAUGGUCUAUGUUGCUGUACUUGUUAUUCUUCCCUACGGGAACAGAAGCAGCCAAGAGUUCUGGGUUCUGUAAAGUAGUUAAUUGUAUAAUUGCCUUGAAUUUGCUUCAAGCAGUGUCGUUGGGAAGGGAGUUCUUACUUGAAAGGUUAUAAAAAAUGUUUGAUGCUCGAAAGGACUCUGCUCUGAAUUCUUAAAAAUGAGUGGCCCCCCCCAGACAAACCUAAACAACCCUCUCCCUCUCAGUUCUCUUAUUUGUAAUUUAACUUGAAAGUGAACUAGUGAGUAGUUCAAAAUGCAGGGGAGAUUCUUUACCA